GCCAAUCAGCGCGUGUCAGGGACACACGAACGGUGAUAAUAUCCACGGAGCAGGCUGCUCCUGCUGCCGGCCAGGAGGAACAAAGGACCGUCGCUGCCUCUUCUGCCGCCUCACACGCGCCUCCACCGGGCACAUUCUUCCGUCCUCGCUCCUGGAGUCACACCUAAGCCACGCUGCCGUGCUCCUGCUGAGGGGAAGAGGAAACUUGGCGCCGCGAGACGCUCGUUGUUUUCUCUCAACGCUGAUGCGGAGCAGACGCUCAACGACAGGUUCCUGCGAGACGACCGGAGCUGUGAUGUUCUGACCCGUGUCCUGUCAACAAGGCAGAGAUGCACCUCCCACAAGACGCCUGCACGCCGAUGGAUUAAAGAGGAGUGUAGUUUUCCCUGGCUGAAGAGGGCGUGUGUCUAACCCACAGUGUUGCUGCUGUGCCCAUGAGGUAACAUCAGGACCUACCGCUGCCUCAUUAUCACCCUUGGUCCAUCCAUCUCCCUGUCCACUCCCCCAUCCUCCAUUGGACCAACCCAGCCAUGGGCCAGAAGAUCUCAGGCAGUAUUAAGUCAGUGGAUGUGCGCGGGGAACCUUCAUAUCCGCCGGUGCGGCGUGAGCUGCGAGGCCCAGACUUCUGCCGGCCCCCGAGACUGGACUUACUGCUGGACAUGCCACCGGCCACUCCUGAGACACAACUGCGCCAUGCCUGGAACGCAGAUGACCGAUCGCUCAACAUCUUUGUGAAGGAGGACGACAAGCUGACAUUUCACCGGCACCCUGUAGCACAGAGCACGGACUGUAUUCGAGGCAGGGUGGGCUACACCAGAGGCCUCCAUGUCUGGCAGAUUCACUGGCCAGCGAGACAGAGAGGAACCCAUGCUGUUGUAGGUGUGGCCACUGCUGAAGCAGCUUUACACUCAGUGGGCUACAUGGCCCUGGUGGGCUCGGACUCUGAGUCCUGGGGCUGGGACCUGGGUAGGAACAGACUGUACCACGAUGGAAAGAACCGACCGGUUUCUACGUCGGCACCCACGUACCCGUGUUUCCUGGAACCAGACGAGUCUUUUGUGCUUCCGGACUCUCUGACAGUAAUACUUGAUAUGGAUGAAGGAAAGCUGAGCUUCAUGGUAGACGGACAGUACCUGGGAGUGGCGUUUAGAGGGCUGAAGGGCAAGAGACUGUAUCCUAUCAUCAGUGCUGUGUGGGGGCACUGUGAGGUGUCCAUUCGCUAUGUCAACGGACUAGAUCCGGAGCCGCUGCCUCUCAUGGAUCUGUGCAGGAGAGUCGCUCGACUGGCUCUGGGCAGAGAGCGCAUCCAUCACAUCGACACACUCCCACUGCCUCAGACUCUAAAGAACUACCUCCAGUACCAGUGACCGCACACACACACACACACACACACACGUUUGAUGAUUGUUACCUUCAAACUGAAACAUAAGCAUCAGACAUGUGCAAGGACGUGGACUCUGACACUGACUAUGAACAGGUGAUGGGGGGCGGUUCUGUUUACUCUAGCGUUGGAUUCUCCAUUUUGUUUUUCAGUUCCUGAUUUUCAGCUUUUACCAUUUUUGAAUAUAAACAUAUCUAUGUUCAGUAAACAACACGUCCUCAGCUGUGGGAGCUUCCUUUGAAACAUGCAGCAGGCUCCCUUCACAUCACAGGAGGGAGCGACCAGGGGAAGCAUGAGUGGCCAACAGUUGUUUGUAGUUGUCGUGCACACAGGGUACUACACAACGCUGAUAUACAUGAUGUCACAGCUUUUUUGUUGUAAAACAGCUCAGAAAUUAGGCUAAAAGUCAAAAGCAUUUUCAUCAUUUAGAAUUCCCCUCCCUCUCUCUCUCAUCGCUCAGUGUCUCUCCACCUCUGGUUUAGUUUCCAAGCCUCCAUGUUUUCUGUUUGAGGGUGAAGGAUGACGCCUGUUCUCUCGCACUCUUUUAAACGCUGAUAAGAGUUUGAUCCAAAGCUGAAGCUUUGUCUUCGACUGCUAAUGUGCCUGCGCUGAGAAAGCACACACACACACACACACACACACACACACACAGCACAUGACCACGCCCCCUCCCUGAAAAGUUUUAAAUGCUGCUUUUUCUUUUUUCUGUUUUUUUAAACUUCCAGAUUUACUUUUAAAAAAAUCAUGGUCUUGUAAGAUUUUUUUUUAAAUGAUCUUUUGUUUUUGUUUUUCUGCGGGACCAGACGUUGUCGCAUGUACGGUGGAAGAAUGUUGCUGCCAUGAGACUUUUAAAUGUGAAUAAGAAUAAAUUCAGCUCAACUGACA